AUGAAGAAAUUUAUUAAAGAUGUGCACAAAGAUGAUCUUGUCAACAGUUUUUUUCAGAGUACCUACCAGACAUCUGCAUUUCCUCUCCUUACCAAACUCACUUCUUCCUUUACACGCACCACCAUUCCAUCCAUCCGUCAAUGUACCUUCUGCAUACAGUCAUUUGUUGAGGCUUCUGAAGAUCCAAGUGUACUUGUAAAAGGCAACGAAACUCUCCCUCUAUCAUUAAAAUCUGCUACCACAAUGAGUGACAUUCACUAUGUUCAUCUCUUACAAUACUACAAAGUUGCAUACAACAAUGAACAAUUAGUUCACUUUCAACAAGCAUCAGAAUUACCAUACCUUGCCAACAAUACAAUCACCCUGUUGAAAUACAUUAAUAUUUUUGGGCAGAUCUACAAGGGUAAAGGUGAAUAUGGAAGUCGUGGCUCUCUUUUACAAGCAAAGUUCAUUGGAAGUACUGGUGAGCAUAUCAUUGCAUACACGGAUCAAAUACAGUACAUUUUCACCCAUUCUUUCACUCCUCUACCCACCUCUUCAUCCCUUACUCCCUUGCUCUACACCCAUCGCUGCCCAACGCAACUUCUUCACAAUUCUCAACAUACUUUUGCAUUUAUCAAAUUUUACACCCCCAAAAAUGAUAAAUCGCGAGAGUACAAACACGUUGAAACCUGCUUUUCAACAUUUUCUCCUGACGAUUUUCAAUGUGUUUUGCCAGUGCAUAGAAUCAUGUUAAAAGUAGCAACUUCUGAGCACACAACACGCAGAAAAGUAAAAAAGAUACUGGUCAUUCCUUUGCCAAAAAAACAAUACAUUUAA